UCUUGGAUUACGCAAUGUGGCCUCUCGUUGGCGGGAUUCAUCCUGCCGGCUGUCUUUUGCUCACCAAAUUAACAAAAUGUUAAAUGUGAUUCUUUCAAGUUUUCGUACAUUUUCUAGUUAACGACUCGCAUAAGGAUACUGUAGUCAAGGAUUGCAUGUCGUGUCGUGCUCUCUCCGAGAUUUAUGUGACUUGUCGUGUCUCACCUUUCCCAACAAGUUUCCAACGCUGCUGCCUUGUGGUUACAUUAUUAUCAUCUUCUCACUACUACAAUGUUCCGUCCAAGGGGAGGACUGGCCAAAGUUCUGUAUGAAAAGAUUCACACGGAUGCUCGGCUCCAAGCGAUGGAUAAGGACCAAUGGUACUGUAUUGAUGACGCUAAGAUGAAGAACAUUUCUGAAGAAAAUUGGAGAAAAUUUCUGCCUUUGGAGUUGGAUGACAGCACACAAGCAUUUAUAGACACAUGCCACGAGAACUCUGACAACACACUUUGGCAACUAUGGCUCACGCUAACAAGUUCCAUCUUAUCCUGGUUCCUUGCUCCAACAUCAAUUAAUGGAUUGCUUGGUCGUGGAUCAAUGCACGUUUUCUCAUCAGCCCAGUUUCAAAGUCUUGUUGCUUGGGAUCCCGAGGCACCAAAAUUUCAGCGUCUUUUGGAUAUUGGUGCGGGUGACGGACUGACAACUCAACGAAUGGAGACUUGCUUUAAUGAAGUCUUUGUUACCGAAAUGUCCAGCCCCAUGAAAUGGUCAUUGCAGAAAAAGGGAUAUACGGUUUUGAACGAAACGUCAUGGUCAGAAACAGAAGCACGUUACGAUAUUGUAAGCUGCUUGAACGUUCUAGACCGGUGUGACACCCCGCUGGAACUACUUGACAAUAUUUCCAAAGUUCUUCAACCACAGGAGGGCUUAGCCGUAGUAUCGUUCGUAGUUCCCUUCAAUCCCUACGUUGAAUUUGAGAGCGCAACCCAUAUUCCAUCCGAAAUUCUUCCGAUUAAAGGCAAUAGUUUUGAAGAGGAGGUCAACAAUUUUAUAGAGAAAGUUUUAAAACCGAAAUGGGAAGUGAUUCGGUGGACAAGACUGCCUUAUUUGUGCGAAGGAGACAUUAAACAAGCGUUUUACUGGCUGAAUGACGCAGUUUUUGUGAUUCGACCAAUCAAUCAGACUUGACAGUGGCCAUUAAUUAAUUUUGUCUACAUAAAUAAUUGGUUGUUAUUUCAUCCUUGGUAAAAAUCGAGAAAUUAAUAAACUAUAUGUAGCAAUUAAAUCGUAAUCGAAUAAAACGAUUAGUUUACAAAGAUCAGUAUAUAUAUAAUAUAUUUACAA